AUGAGCCUCAUCAGCGUCCAGUCUGCCGCUCAGUGGCAAGGCAUCCUCAGCGGCACCAAUGUCGUCAUUGCCGACUUCUACGCCGACUGGUGCGGCCCUUGCAAGAUGAUCGCACCGCACUUCGAGCGACUCGCGAAGGAAUACUCCAAGCCGAACAAAGUCGCAUUUUGCAAGAUUAAUGUCGACCAACAAUCUGGUAUCGCCCGUACCCAUGGCGUCAGCGCCAUGCCGACCUUCAUCAUCUUCCACGGUGGUCAAGCCGUCGAGACAAUCAAGGGCGCGAACCCGCCCGCCUUGACGCAAGCCAUCCAGAACGCUCUCAAGCUUCCCGACAAGGCCGGCCGCACCGGCGCUUCCUUCAGUACCCCCGGCCGAACCCUCGGCGGCGACAAGUCUGCGCGCGCGGGUCUUCAGCGCCCUGUACAAUGGCAACUCAGUGGCAUCUUCAGUAGCCUGAUCACGUUUAUCGGGCUUUACCUCGUCUCGCUAUUUGCGAUUGACCCCCACAAGGCAGCAGAGAUGUCGCAGUUCAAUCGUGUCAACCCCCCGCCGCCAACAAUGAAGUCAAGCAAGGGGUCCGGGCCUGGAGCGAGGCAGGCUCCUAAGGCGGCCGGUUUCAAGACUUUGGCGGACCUUGGCGGUGACGAGUGA